AUGCCUAUUGGUGAUCUUUGUAAUGAUGCUGCUGAUUGUUGUGGUAAUGAUGAUCCUCAUAUUCGUCAUUGUGUUUAUUGUCGUGCGAGUUGGCCUUUUGGUCGUCAAUGGCGUUGUACUUGUAGUUCUGGUGGUGGUGUUACCACUACUGAAGAUGGUGCUGUUGAUAGCGAUCGUUGUGCUGGUUAUGAUCGUCGUCUCAAGCGUUGUAGUGCCAGUGUUGCUCGUCCUGGUAGUUAUUGGGCUCGUGGCAAUCAUAUUCUUCCCAAAAAAAACAACGAUGCUGCGUAA